UUGCUUAAAAUACAGAAUAGGCACUGUUCAGGUGAUCAAAAUUGCAGCAAUAAGCAAUCAGCAAAAAUCAUCGUCAUGCCCAGGAACGUUCGAUUUCGCUAAGAGAACGGCUGGUUGAUUGUAGACUUUUCCCUUUUUCAGGCUCUGAAGCUCAUCUUGUGCUGUGGUAGUCUUUGAUACUCGAAUUAUUUCAAAGCACGAACGUGCUUAUUGGCAUAUUUUCCUUUGUUUUUUUUUAGGGCGUAGCGCUACAAAUUCUAGGCGAAUAUGUCGUAUAUGAUGCAGCAUCUCCACAAUGGAUGGCAAGUCGACCAAGCCAUUCUCUCAGAAGAAGAUCGAGUUGUCGUGAUUCGAUUUGGACAUGAUUGGGAUCCGACGUGUAUGAAGAUGGACGAAGUACUCUACUCCAUCGCGGAAAAGGACCACUACAAUGUACUCGGUCUUAAACGGACUUGCUCCCUAGAUGAGGUUAAACAGGCUUACAAGAAAUUAGUGCUUCGGUAUCACCCGGAUCGCCGAAACGGAGACGAAGCGAAAUUUCACGCAAUUGAGCGGGCUUACAAGGUUCUUUCCGAUCCAAAAUCCCGCGAAAAUUACGACGUUCAACUGGACAAUUCUUCUCGGCUAGAUCAUCCUAUUUGGCAGGUAGUGACUUUAGACGAGCUCGAUUCAAAUGAGGGCCUAUAUACGUUCGAGUGUAGAUGUGGAGGAAUUAUGGAACUAAGUAGGCACCUGAGCAAUCAGUUACCUACGAUCAUUCAAUGCGAAGAUUGUUCGACUUACGUACGCGUUGAUCCCAGAUAAUACUAGUUUAUAUAUAUAAAUUCGUGUGUGCUAAUUAAAGUUUACAUACAUGUGCUUCGUCAUCGCUAACACUGUAUUUUCCAAAAAUGUAUCCAUUGAAAUGCGUGUAACACAAAAUGUACAAGCAAGCUUAAAUUAGAAUGUUUUUAUCAUUUUUUCAUAAAACUAGCAGAGUGCAAUAUGGAUUCAUAGGAAGCUUUGCAAAAUUCGUACGUACACUAAAAUAUGGAGACAUUAUUCUGUUCCUAAACAUUUAUCUAUGUAUUGUAUAGUACUAAUUAGACCUACAAUUUAUAUUAUUAUAUAUUAUUAUAAACCAAAUAUGAACUUAAUAGUAUGAAAAGUAGGUUCGUUGAGAUGUUGCGAAUAUUUCACAAAUAAAGUUUGUUAUAUUUAAGCC